AUGGUUGAACGCUGGCACCGCACCUUCAAGGCAGCGAUUAUGUGCCAUAACGCACCAAAUUGGUUGGACGUCCUUCCGACGGUCCUUCUAGGUCUGCGUACGCAUGUACGUCUUGAUACGAAGGCUUCUCCGGCCGAGUUUCUGUACGGCACUGUACUGCGAAUCCCGGGGGAAUUUUUCCUCCAAGAGGACUUCACCCCGGAUCCUCAGAUAUUCGUUGACGACUUCCGACAGCACAUGCGCCAAGUGAAGCCGGUACCGGUCGCGCACCACUACAAAAGGCGCGCAUUCAGGUUCAAGGAACUGUCGGCCUGCACGCACGUUUUCCUUCGUAAGGAUUGCGUGAAGAAGCCCUUAGAGCGACCAUAUAUACCGGUCCCUACAGAGUGCUCGAGCGUGCCACCGACCAAGUUUAUUCUAUCGAGGUCAACGGCAGACCCAUGUCUGUUUCCGUCGAGCGUCUCAAACCCGCGCAUUUCGUCCCGGACGACGUUCCGAUUUCCGACGUUCCGCCCACGACCGACCAAACGACCAAGCCGUCCACAUCGUCAAGCCUUCCGCAAGGCUCGCUUAAAACCUACGCGGGACCAAAAAAACGCGUCCGAAUAG